CGGACAAGAUGGACGUCUAAUGUGGAAGAAUGUUUUGGUCCGGCUAUCAAAUAUCACCGAAACACUUGUUUUCAGUAGAAAACGAGCGGAACCAAAUGUAAGAAGAGGAACUGAUUUUGAAAUGCUACACGGACGAAUUUAACUGACGGACAAGAUGGACCCCAAACGUGGAAAAAUGCGACUUUUUUAAAACUAAGUUGAUUUUUACUGCAUUUCUCAUCAAAAUAACUGAAAUAAUAUUUUUUUCUAAUGAAUUACUGAUUAAAUAGUGACGUCACUGGCAGAAACAGGAAGCCUGGAGACUUUCUUAAAGCAUCAUGUCUCUGUCAAAAAAUGAAAGUUUUGCAGGUGACAUUAAAACAGCAACACCUGGAGAUGAAGUGUCUGCUUGUGGGCAGACAGAGACCUCCACCUCCAGAUGUUUACCCCAGGAGCAGCUGAGUCUCAGAGGGGAGGGGCCUCUGGUGUCAGACUUCAGACUGAUGAAGUUGGAGAAAGAAGCUCAGAAAAACUGGGACCUGUUCUACAAAAGAAACACCACGAACUUCUUCAAGGACAGACACUGGACCACCAGAGAGUUUGAAGAGCUGAAGGCCUGCAGAGAGUUUGAGUCCCAGAGGCUGGUGCUGCUGGAGGCUGGCUGCGGAGUGGGAAACUGCAUCUUCCCUCUGCUGGAGGACGACCUCAACAUCUUCGCCUACGCCUGUGACUUCUCACCGCGAGCUGUUGAAUUUGUCAAACAAAACCCUCUGUACUGCCCUGAGCGCUGCUGUGCCUUCCAGUGUGACUUAACCAAAGAUGAUCUGAGGGAAAAUGUGCCGGAGGACAGCGUGGACGUCGUCACUCUGAUCUUUGUCCUGUCGGCCGUCCAUCCUGACAAGAUGAAGCUGGCUUUGCAGAACAUCAGCAGGGUGCUGAAGCCCGGGGGCAUCGUCCUGUUCAGGGACUACGGCCUGCACGACCACGCCAUGCUCCGGUUUAAAGCCGGCAGCAAGCUGGGGGAGAACUUCUACGUGCGCCAGGACGGAACCAGAUCCUACUUCUUCUCUAAAGAGUUCCUGGCUGAGCUGUUCUCAGACGCCGGCCUCCAGUCUGUUUCUAACGACUACGUCCUCAGAGAGACGGUCAACAAGAAGGAGGGGCUCUGUGUUCCCAGAGUGUUCCUGCAGAGCAAAUUCGCCAAACCCGGCCAAUCACAGAGCUCCUGAUGUCACUAGGUCCGCUGCUGUCACCUCAUUGAACUUGUGGACAAACGUGAGAUUCAAUCUCCUGGUUUACAAUGGAUUGCAAAAACAUUAUUAUGUACCUUGGUGGCCUAAACAUUCCAGUGGUUGUGCCUCCACACUGCUGUUUGUGAAUCCUUCAAACCAUGAGGUGGUGCAGGAAGAUCAAUAAUGCCUCAUCCCACUAAUGAACUGAUGUCAUUUGAAGACAGUGCUUGCACAGAAAGUCUUACAUGUGGAAAUAUGUGGAUCUAAGUAAAGGUGAAGCAUAGAAGUGCCAACAGGAUCAUGAUUGUUCAGCAAGUCCCUCAGCCGGAUAAAGAGUGAAUCUCAGUGAACGAUAUUUAGUGUUUCAGAUCAGUUUCACAUUUCAACCUUUGAUCCGCCUUCAGCAUCAAGAGGAGAAAUUCUCUGUGAGCCUUCAACCUUUUUUCUUUUAUGAGCAAACUGAUCUUUUGAAUAUACUUUUCUCUCCUUGUUCCCCCUGUUUUAAAGUUACAGGGAUCAUUUUGAAUGAGGUGAGUUCGUUUGAUUUUUAUGUGAAUUCGUUUUUAAUGUUUUUCAACAUCUUUGUCUGUGCAUAAAAAAA